CUCCCCCACUUUCCCCUCCUCUGCUUCUUCAUUCUCACCCUCAAUCUCACUCUCAUCUCUUCCAUCUUCCUCUCGCCCCUUGUCGCUCAUCCAAGCACUCAAUCUCAACCAUCAUGGCUGCUCCUCAAGGAUAUCCCUUCCUGUGUCUGGAGAACCCUCUCCUUGACAUCCAGGCUGCCGAGUUUCAGGUAAUUGAUCUUGCUUUUCACAGUGAUGCUGCUCUCCUGCAGAAGUAUGGCCUGAAGGACAACGAUGCCAUCCUGGCCGAAGACCAGCACAUGGGUCUCUACGAGGAGUUGCUUCAGAACCACGAUGCGAAGCUGAUUGCCGGUGGUGCGGCUCAGAACACUGCCCGUGGUGCCCAGUACAUUCUCCCCGACAACUCUACUCUCUACAUUGGCUGUGUCGGAAAAGACAAGUAUGCCGAUAUUCUCAAGGAGACUUGCACCAAGGCCGGUGUCCACACCGAGUACCGGGUCGACGAGGCCCAACCCACUGGCAAGUGCGGUGUCAUCAUUACUGGCCACAACCGUAGCAUGUGCACCCACCUUGCUGCGGCCAACGAGUACAAGCUUGAGCAUCUGAAGCAGCCUCACAUCUGGUCUCUCGUCGAGAAGGCCCAGGUCUACUACAUUGGUGGUUACCACCUGACCGUGUGUGUUCCUGCCAUCCAGGCCCUCGGUGAAGAGGCUGUGGCGAAGAACAAGAUCUUUAUGCUGUCUCUUUCGGCUCCCUUCAUUCCCCAGUUCUUCAAGGACCAGCUCGACUCCGUCCUUCCCUACACGGAUUACACUUUCUGUAAUGAGACCGAGGCUCGUGCUUACGCCGAAAGCCACUCGUGGGGUACUGACGACGUGGUUGAGAUUGCCAAGAAGCUGGCCCAGCUGCCCAAGAAGAACACCAGCCGCCCCAGAACGGCCAUUGUGACCCAGGGCACUCUUCCCACCGUCGCUGCUACUGCCAAGCCCAAGGGCGAGGUCGAAGUCCAGGAAUUCAGCGUGCACGAAAUCGCUAAGGAGAGCAUUAACGACACCAACGGUGCUGGUGAUGCUUUUGCCGGUGGUUUCUCUGCUGGUAUUGUGCAGGGCAAGUCUCUUGCGCAAAGUGUUGACCUGGGCCACUGGCUCGCUCGACUGAGCAUCCAGGAGUUGGGUCCUUCCUUCCCUUUCCCUAAGCAGACCUACACUCCCACCGAGCGUUCGUAAAUCACACCUGAUUCUUCCUAAAAGUCUCGCCGCACACCCAAUGAGGCCACAGAAACCCGCAGCAGCAAAUGUCCUUUUCUUCUGUGUUUUCUUUGUUUCAAAAUUCAACCUAUACCCGGUCCUCGACUUAACGUCCUAGACUAAUUUUCCUUAACAUUUUCUUGUGACGAUGCGCUCCCAAUCGCUUCAUGGUAUAGACAGGAGCAGCAGAGAUGACGUUCUCAACAACGAAAUGACGAACCAGCUUUUCGGUCCUAUAUAGAAUUCGCCUCAAUACAAUUGAUCUUCAAAGCAUCUUUCAAGCAUGCUUAGAAGAGAGUUUCCCGUUUGAGGACGUGAUUUUUCAAAACUUGAU